UAGUACGGCGAGCAGCGCACGAGUCAAACGGGUUCUCAGUAUAGUCAGCUCGCAUCGUAAAAUGAACGGCUCGCAUUUCGACACGCGUCGCGCCUCGCCGCGCUCGCUUCGCCCGCGUCGCCGAUAGCAUCUGCAAAUUCGAUAUUUAGAUCGUGACACCGAGAUAUUACUUGUGAUCGAUUUCGCGUGACGUGAUAAUUUGUCGCCAAUGUGAUCCGACACAAUGCCUACAACCGCCCGCUAAUGUUACUCCUGUCAAAAGGCAUAAUUCUGGAAUGCAAUAAGCACGCCGGGAGACAGUGGAUGUGUUUGUUGAGGUAGUCCUUUUAAGAUGCCGCGAAGGAGUAAAUGGAUGCAUCUCGUUGCCGGCGUAGUCGCCGGCGUAACAUUCGGUGUGUUCCUGAAGUUAUGCUUAAGACCUUCCUCGAGGACUUCCAUACAAGCUUGCCCGAAUGCUGCCAAAUAUGUUGCGCCCGAUCCCUUGUCGAUUGUAGGCUUGAGGGCGGAUGAAACUCUGUUUAAUUCCAACAGGACUUUAGUGUUCGUCGGUGUUAUGACAGCGGAACAGUAUUUGACGACUAGAGCGAGAGCCGUUUAUGAAACGUGGGCGCAGGACUUGCCGGGAAAGAUCGCUUUCUUCAGUUCAGAAGUGUCGCGUGCGCCAGGAUUACCCUUAAUCCCGUUGCGUAACGUCGACGACAGUUACCCUCCUCAGAAGAAGUCCUUUCUGAUGUUGUUGUACAUGUACGAGCACUACGGCGAGAGGUUCGAGUGGUUCAUGCGGGCCGAUGAUGAUGUUUAUGUCAGGGGCGAUAAGCUAGGGGAGUUCUUACGUUCAGUGGACAGUAGAAAACCUCAAUUCAUCGGGCAGGCGGGAAGAGGAACGAAUAAUGAAAAAGACGCUUUAGCUUUGGAUUACAAUGAAAACUUCUGUAUGGGUGGGCCCGGGGUGCUGAUAUCUCGAGAGACAAUGAGGAGGGUCGCCCCUCACGUGAAGUACUGUUUGAAGCACCUCUAUACGACACAUGAGGACGUCGAGCUCGGUCGAUGUGUUGCCAAAUUCGCCGGCGUGUCUUGCACCUGGAGUUAUGACAUGCAGACGAUCCUGCACCACAAUAGCAGCGGGUCUGAGGCGUACACCGGGCGACUCAAGAAGCGCGAGGUGCACCGUGCAAUCACGCUGCAUCCCGUCAAAGAUCACCGCCAGUUGUACAGGCUUCACACUUAUUUUAAGAACCUUCGUAUCCAGGAUCUCCGAGAGCAGUCCCUGGACUUGCACAGAGAUAUCCAGUCCUCAGCACGUGAACUUGGCGUGGAAGGGAAGCAUGUGAAUAGCUUCGUGCUUCCUGGCGGUGUACCCUUGUUUAUUGCUAAGAUGGGCGAGCCUGGUUACUUGGGAGACAAUAGGAUUUUAGGUGCUCCAAUAGACUUCAACCGCUACAAAGCCAACAAAGUGACGGACAUCGUGCCAUUCGACUUCAUCACCAAGUCCAUCCACUCCGUCAGCCACUCCAACCCCAAGCGAAGAAUUGAGACGCCAUUGAAGGAGGCACUGGAUGAUGUUAUACGAGAAGUAAUGGAGAUCAUCAACGCACCAUCCCGUCAGCGUGGCCGUGUCAUAGACUUCAAUGAGCUACUGUACGGCUACACUCGCCUGCAACCCGUUCAUGGUAUAGACCACGUGUUGGACUUGCUGCUCAAGUACCGGCGGUACAGAGGCAGGAAGAUGACCGCUGCGGUACGGCGGCACGCUUACUUGCAGCAGUCCUUUACAGGAACUGAAAUACGAGAGCUGCCGAUGGGGGAUCCAGCACCAAUCGAAGAGGCCGAAAUAUUGGAACAGCUUGAUCCCAAUGGGAAGAACUAUCAAAACGAGUAUGAGGACUUUGACGAUCCAAACCAGAAUCAGAACAGCUUCCUCGACUUAGGCAAUUUGAAUGUGAGACAAGCUUUCGAGAACAGCUUGCUGAAGAUACACAAUAACUUACCAAAAAUGCUUCAGUGGAGUAACGAGAACUACGAGUAUGCCGUCUACUACAGACAGAUAAACUUCAUUUUACCCCUUUUGGGUAGAUUUGAAACAUUUAAUCGAUUCAUGAAAAAUUAUGAAGAUAUCGUCCUUAAAAGCGAUGAAGCUGUUAGCUUAAUUAUUGUUCUAUUCUUAGACCCCGAAAGUCCUCUAGAUUAUGAAAAUUCCAAAACAUUAAUCAAUCAUUUUAAAAGCCUUUACGGGAAAGAUAUAAGAGUUGUUUCGAUGGGUGAAACGACUUUUUCAAGAGGUGCAGCGCUCACAGAAGGUCUCAAGGAAUGUUCGAUUGAUGAUUUAGUUUCCUUCAUAGACGUUGACAUGAUGUUCAAUCACAUAACACUUAGAAGAAUUAGAAUUAAUACUGUUAAAUACAAUCAAGUGUACUUUCCAAUUGUGUUCAGUCAGUUUAAUCCUGAAGUGGUGUAUGGUGAUGAAUAUAAUAAAUUCAAAGAAGAAGUUACUGAAACUACCGAAGCAGAGGAUGCUGAAGAAAUUAAUGAUGAUUUAAAUAAAAGUGAAAGGGAAUUAGCAGAUUUGAAGUAUAGUGGUGAUAUAGAUGAUGAUUUUGGUUAUUUCAGACAGUACGGUUUUGGUAUACUCAGUAUUUAUAAAUGUGACUUUGAAAGAGUUGGUGGUUUCGAUUUAAGUAUCAAAGGGUGGGGGAUGGAGGAUGUGCAGUUGUUCGAGACGCUAAUAAAGUCAAACUUAACAGUGUACAGGAUAGCUGAUGAGACUUUGGUGCACAUCUUCCAUUCGGUGGACUGUGAUAGCAAGUUAGAGAAAAGCCAGUUCCUGAUGUGUCUGGGAACGAAAGCCUCGACAUAUGGGAGUGAUAAGCACAUGACAUACUAUAUGUUAAAUCAUCCUGAAGUAUUAUGGCCGCAGAAAGUGAAGGGUGCUAGCUAGUACAGGGUUGUAGUUAGGAUUAUUUUGGAAAUUAUGACAAUUAUACCUAUAGCGAAAUUAUUUGUUUUAAUAGUGAUAUUCUGGUUAAUGUACCAUCGGCAGCUAUGAAGUUAUUUGUACAGCAGCAUCUAAUUGAUAAUACCAGUCGGAUCAAGACAUUAGACUGAUAUUAUUGAAAUAGACCAGUAUUUUAUUAGAAUUAGGUUUUAAACGAAGUACAUAGUUAAGAAUAGUAGUGUAAAAAGUUAAGUUAAGUUAGUUUAACGACUUAAUUUCGAAAUGUAAGAACUGCAAAUGUUUUUUCUUCUGUACAUAUAAUUAACAAUUGUUGUUGUCUAAGAGGAUAUUAUUUUAGGAAAUAUUUGUAUGUAGAUUUGUGAAAACAGAGUUAUAGGAAAAUAUUUUUGGUAUCAAUUUUGUGAAAAUAUCCUCUAGAAUGACACGUUGUGGAAAUUCCUAUUUUUCGAAGCAUUUAUAAAUAUUUAGAUUAAUAGGGCAUCAGUGCAAGAAUUGUCCACGUUAUUCAUUUAUGAUGUAGUAGGUACAUGUCUCGAAAAUUGAAAAUAAAGUCCAUUUGCUUUUUUUUUGGUUAUAUGAUUUGUGGUGAUGCCCUCAGAUGUUCCUAGAAAAUUAUAGUUUUAGAUUUAUUACUUUUAGAAUUUAGUCGUUAUUUUUAAUUUUGCCAAGGGCUCACAACUUUUAAAUCCUGUAUCCCUUGUACAAGUUUGCACAGUGUAGACGUAUUUAUAUGAAAAAGAUACUCAAGCUUAUGAGAUCAAAUCUGUAAGUAAAUAAAUAAAAUGUUUAGAUGUAAUAAACAAGGUUAUAUGGGUACCAUUUGAGGGUUGGCCGUCCAUUGUCACAGGCUAUUAGAGGAAUAAUUUUUUUUUACAAGGGAAGAUUAUGUAAAUAAUAAUAAUAGAAAAUAUUCGUUUUGUAGGUACCUAUCUAAAGUUACCACGUCUCAGAUUUAUAUCCUAUUUUCUUUCUGCGAAUUUCAGUAAUGGAUUUGGCUGGAUUAUUACUCGUAGAACUAGGUACAGUGACUGGCAAAUAACUUGUGCAAAACGUGGUGCAGAAAGUAGGGGCUACUGAUCUACCAAUUGCGUGCACCCGCGCGAUAGAAAUCCGCUCACACCAACAAAUAACUAUUGUUUACGAGUACCUACUAGCUUAUUAUUCUUUGUAUGUUGUAGAAUUCCGCAAAAUGAAUCCUGUAAAUCAAUCAAUGGACGCUCAACCUAAGCAAUUAUUGUCAUAAUAAGUAUUAUUAAUAAUUUUUAUAUGUAUAUUUAAUGAUAUUCUAAAGGAAAAUUGCGCGCCCCUCCUUUAUUUUCCAUACAAAUUAUGAGUAAGUAUGAAAAAUUUAGGAAUCAGUGACAUUUUAGGUUAGAAUUUUAUGCCCUCUAGCACUAAACUUGUUCGUUUCUAGCUGUUUUUGGUUGAUUUUUUGGUGCUCUUACUAAGACAUUGAUUAAGCAUACAGAAUUCUAAUUAAAGUAAUAGAUAUGGUGGUGUAUACCCGAAUUGUGUCGUCCAUUUUUAGGAACAUAAGUACUUCACACAUUUUAAUGUCCCGGUCACAUUGACGGCCAACAACACGAUGUUCAAUGGCGUUUCCCGUUAAAUGUAGAUGUAGCCACGUACAACGGCAUUCACGAUGACGUUUGGCGUUGGACGAUUUUAACUUCAUUUCAAUUGGCAUUACACAUUUCACCGUUCAUUUCACCGCUCAAGUGUGGCCACUCAGUUUAACGCGUUGAUUAUCGCGAUAAUUAUAGCGUUGUUGGGCAUUGACGUUAAUCUUAAUGUAGCCGCACAUAAUACAUUAUGAAUAUCGCAAUAAGUACCUAUAGCAGCUAACAAGUUUGGUGUCAGAGGUGCUUAUCGGAUACCGUCACGAAAGUUGAUUGCACGCAAUUCAUUCUAAGACCAUAUGCAUACUUCUGGACAUAGCUGUCUUUUUUGGGUUCCGUAUUCAGAGGUCAAAACGGAGCCCUGUGAAUGUCACUUCUCUGUCUGUCUGUCCGCGUGUCACAGGUCUAACUCGUAGACAAAAUGAGUGACAAACCUGAUAUUUUGGUAUUUGGUGUAGAACACUGACCCAAAACCGAAUAUUGAAUUAGAAAUUUAUAAACGUUGAAUUUGAAUUAAAUCAGCCAUUCCAAAAUGGUUACCCCCAGUGUCUUUUUGUCUUUGUCAUUUGUAUGUGCUUACGUAACAGAGAGAGCUUUAUACUUACUUUUCUCCGUGGAUAGAAUAAAGUGAUUUCAAUUCGAUAUACAUAUUGUAUUUUGAAAUCAAUUCGAUAUUCAACUAAAAAAUACAAUUAUUUUAAUUUUUAUUGUUUGUUAUAAUACUGUUGCUUAAGUUUAUAGCAAGAAGUUCUCUUUUUAGUUCAACUUCACCAGUUAAAUUCAACUUUCGUGACGUAUGCUGUACUUUGUGCUCGCUGUAAAUAGAAACUUUUGUGCUCACUAAGUGCCAAUUUUAGGUUAAGUAGGUAAUUUUAAAAUGAAUGUUAUUUUUUUAUUCAAUGAUGUUACGAUGUUGUGAUGUGAUGACAAUGAAGAUGAUGAUCAUGGAGGUGAAAAUGAGUUUAUGAAAUUAAAUUAAUUUUU